UAAAUAUAUAAAUAAAUAUAUAACUUUUUAUUUUUCCUCUCAGUAUACGCAGUGCAAUGAACGGGAACAAAUCCUUUGAAUUUUUAGAGCUCAGUGAGCUUGCUUCGAAAUCGAAUGGCGGUAAAAUUGUUUUUGCAACAGACGAUUGGUUUGCGGUGGCCGAAAAUCUUUUGAAGGACGAUGAACCAGUCUGGAAGGAGGAUGCUUACACGGAGUUCGGAAAGUGGAUGGAUGGCUGGGAAACCCGGCGACGAAGGUGCGCUGGACAUGACUGGACCAUAAUAGCACUUGGUCAUCAGUCUAUUGUGAAAGGUUUUUAUAUUGACACUGGAUAUUUUACUGGAAAUUAUGCUCCGAGAAUUUCUAUUCAAGCUGCGCGACUAGAUGAAAAUGAGACUGAAUUAUUUCCGGUGCGAAAUAGUCAACUGGGAACUGCGGCUUCUAAAGAAGCUAGAGCGCAGAUUGCUCGUUUGAAAUCUGAAGAAUGGACGAUAAUUGUCCCUCAAACAGAACUGUCACCAGGCUACGAAAAGACUCGAAGGCAAUAUUUCAAUUCAAAUUCAAGUGAACUAUGGACCCAUUUACGUUUAAAUCUUUACCCUGAUGGUGGAAUCGCGAGAUUCCGAGCCUAUGGUUUAAUAAUCCCACAAUCGAGACCAAUAGAAUUUACAGAACGAAUCGAUCUGAUUGCCCAAGAGAACGGCGGAGUCUGUGAGAAGUAUAGCAAUGCUCACUACGGUCACCCGCGGAAUUUGAUAAAGACCGGAAAUUCCUCAAGUAUGAAGGAUGGCUGGGAAACUGCACGACGUCUUGACAGACCACCAAUCAUUCAACUCGACGAUUCCGGAAUUCUCCAAUUUUCCGGAAGUGAAUGGGCAAUUUUCAAGCUCGGUUAUGUUGGUACCGCAGACACUAUCGUAAUUGACACUGCCCAUUUCCGAGGUAACUUUCCUGACAGCAUUAAAGUCGAAGGAACUUUGGCCUUAGAUGUUGAAAUCAACAGCACCUGGAAAACUAUCCUACCUACCAGAAAACUGUCCCCGAAUCGAGCACACGUUUAUUCUUCAAACGACAUAACAUGGCCCGGUCCCGUGAGCCACAUUCGGAUAACCAUCAGCCCAGACGGCGGGCUUUCGAGAUUCAGACUCUGGGGCUUCAUUGAUCCUGGCAACAAAAAAUAA